AUGGUUUGGUCUUUCCUGGCAAUAUUGCAAUCUUACUUAGUUUUCUACUUGUAUUUCUCCUACUAAUCAGCAUAUAAUCCAAGCUCAAUUAAGGAAUAGUUCUUAUUCGAAAUUUCUCACUAAGGCAAAGUGAAAUAAGUGGAAGUUAAUGUAAUACUAUUCUUUGUUUAAGUUAUUUUAUCUCUCAUCGUUGCAUGCAUUCACUCAUUGAUAAACUUGCCCGCUAAUUGCUAUAUUCUUUACAAGACUAUAUAAAAUUAACAAUCGAAAAUCAAUAGUAUACCUAUAGAAGCCACCAUAUUUUAUACAAUUGCCAAGAUCAGUGCUAUAGUAGCCUUAAUCAUUUAUGCUAUUGCAUUCUCAUUUUUGGUACUUACUGUGCCAUUGGAUAAUACCCUUAUCACUUUUGAAAUCGUUAUUUUAGUCAUUAUUGUAUUGGUUACUACAAUAUAAACUCUACCUAAUUAUCUCUAUAGAAAAUACUUAUAAACUUCGAUGGCAUGA